AUGGUAGCAAAAUAUUCAGGUUAUGGAAACAUCGUUCCGGCGACAUCAUCUGGUCGUAUUGCUUGUGUAGUAUUCGCAUUGUUCGGUGCUCCACUAGCCAUAAUUACAAUUGGAGAUUUGGGAAAAUUUCUUUCUGAAUGUACAAUAUGGCUGCAUAAAGAGAUGAAGAAGGCACGAUCACUGCUUCACGGCCGUUGGCGGCGAUUUCGAGGACUUAAUAAAGGAAAAUGUCCCCUCCACAUGAUCUGGGAAGCUCCGCCCAUUUCGAAUGUGGCGAGCUCCACCCAUUACGUUGCCCCCAUACCAUCGAAAAUCUCGAAAGCAGUUUUUUUCACAGAAUCCAUUGAUGCCGAAUCACAGGCAACAAGCUCACCAACAAUUGACUGGGAAGAUUUGGUCAUGGACAAAACGGAAGUACCUGUGUUCAUGGUGUUCACCAUACUUUUAGUAGCGUUCAUCUCAUUGACUACAAUAGGAUUUGGCGAUAUUGUCCCUGAAAAUCAUGAUUAUAUCGUCUUAAUGCUUGUCUAUCUUGGUGUUGGCUUGGCAGUGACAACAAUGUGUAUCGACUUAGUCGGCAUACAGUAUAUUCAGAAAAUUCACUACUUCGGUAGAAAAUUUCGCGGCACCGAUCUGCUUCAGCUGCUGAGGCGUAAGCGAAUGAUCGAGAGACGCCUAGCGAUGGGCCAAGGAGAUGAAAUCCUCCAAAUGUACAUCCAGCAAAUGCAGCAACAAAUAUCUGAGCCAUCAUUGGUUGAUCAGCAGUGGGAAGAAGACAAAACGUUAAACGAUUUGGAAUGGCAAAUCGAUGAUGCGUUAAUUAGCAGUCGUUAUAGUUAUGAUUUUCCAAUAACAGCCUACUGGGACAACUACCAAUCACCGACAGCGUCAUUGUUAUCGUUUGAUUACGAUAUACCAAUACCAAGUCCGGACUACCAACUUAUCGCUUUGUCGGCUCGUCGCUCACGACGUCUUUACUCAUGUCCGUCAAGCCUUAGACUCACUUCGCCUUCAGAAUCUGUAAGCAAUCCACAACGUAGCGUGCCGGCAUCAGGACGAUGCCAUGCUCGCAUUUGCUCGUCGCCGACCAGCAAUCCGUUAUUGCACUCUGCGCCGCUCUCCUUCCGCAUCUCCGAGCCAUUCAUGCUCUCGAAACUCGCCGCUCAGUGUGAAUCUCCGCCUCCGGAAAUCGCCUCUGAAUUUGAGCCGAUACCGGUGACGCAGUUAGUACCGAUUAGCGGCGAGUUUCAAGCGGAUUCCAGUUUUUGCUAUUCGCAAUGCUUUUCACCGACGUCUAUGCAUGAGACGUUGGUGCCUCGGUUACAGUUAGGCGAGUGCUCAUCGCCGCCGUCAAACGCUUUUGCUCGAUUUCAUACUACUCUGUUUCCAAUCGUUGAGAAUCGCCGCUUGUCGAAUGUGUCCGUGCACAAUGAAGAGGAUCAUACAAAACCGAUCAUGCAGCGAAAGAAAAAACAGCGACUAGCGAAAAUGAAAGAUCCACUGCAUAACGUGGACUGGUUGAAUGUGAGUCCUCGUGUGAUGCAACUCGUCAAAAACGAUCUACCGAAGCUGUUCGAGCAUGUACGUGGAACGGUUUCCAAUGCUGCUUCCAUAGUGCUUGUCAGUCCGCGUACUCCAAUCGGAUUGUCAUGCAUGGAGAGUUGGGAUUCUUAUAUAAGAAUGUUAGAGGAGUACAAUAGGCCCCAUGAAAGUGUCGUCUACGAGAAGACACCAACGCUGAUGAUGGCAUCAUCGACGGCGACCGCUAGCUCGCCUCCACAACUCCGCGAGUCGGUGCCGAUUCUGCUUCGUCCAGUUCCACAGAAAAACGCUACUCCGCACAGUCCACCUGUUCCUACGCCAGAUCUGUUACCACCUGCUUCAUCUCCACCUCCACUUUCACAAUCACCCACUUUUGCAACUCCUCCACCAAAAGAUCCAGCACCGCCUCCUCAUCAUUCACCACCCACAGUUCAUCUGUCUCCUAUUCGAAGAUUACCCACUCCUGUUAUGCCUCCAUUUGAGACUAGUCCAAAUAUAUUACCAUCAACAUCAUGUGUAUCAACUCCACCUCGGGAACCGAGUCCGCCAUGGGUUCACCUCUCAUUGAGAUCAUCAACAAAUGAACCGCCCCGAAUUAAUACUCCUGUUUACAUGGAAGUGGAGAAGGAGAUCGAGGUGGUGCCAGAGAAGCGUGAACACGUGUCACAUUACAGUGAGCUACAAGAAAUGACGAGUUUUAGCCACAUGCACACGGACAGCUCAUCCGAGGACGAGAACGCCGACCGAUCGGAUUUCGACUUGGGUGCGUUCGAGCUGGUCGACUCGGGUAUGACUGCCGAAACUUUGCUCUCAAAAGAGGAGCCAGUCAUUUUUCAUAAGGACAUUCCUGUACACUCAGUACAUCACGAUACCGUACAAACAGAAACGGCACUGGCGAAUUUGAUGUCAGCACCGUCUAGCAUGCUUACUGGCGCCAUACCGCCUACAAUGGUUGAGGACAACUAUUGCUUCGUGGUUGAUGGCGAACAAGUUCGAAUGGGUGACAUACUCGGUGACGAUCAGUGGUGGCGACAUACGUCACGACCGACCAAAUACUUUUAUUCGGAAGAUCUUCGGCAGUUUUAUCGUGUGAACUGCAUAGCUGUAAAAGGCAAGGUUAUCGCUGCUAAACUUGCCGGCAAUGUUCAGCAGGCGGCUGCAAUAGCAGCAUCGUCAUCGUCAGCGUCGACGCCUCGGUCUUCAGUGAGCGGAGUGUCGGCACGUCUACGGGACAGUACUGUGCCAUUGACGCACGUCUAUAAAGUGAUUCGAUUCUACUCAUUCUGGAAGACGUGCACUUCAUUCCAUCGUAUUGUCACGAUGAUCGAUCGUGUUGUUAACGAUCCACAUCCGAAACCGGACUUCAAGAAACGCCUCUUCGUGCAAUAUUUAUGGAGAAACGCUAAACCUAUCGAAAAAGCACGCGUUCAGAAGGAGUUUGAUCCACAACGACAACGUCUACUACGAUACGUCACAAAUCCACUCACUAGAAAGAGGUUUCAAAAAAAAUGA